AUGACGCUGUUGGGAGGCCUGCGCAGGGGUUACGUGCCUGUUAGGCGGCGGAAUCCCAGCGGCGGUCUCCAAUCGAGUCGCCAGAUUAGCCUGAGUGACGGCACCCGCCGCCGUCAGCUGCGCGGUCGCGACAGGCAGGCUGAGGAGGAGGCUUUUGAGUCGACUCAAAAGGAUCCCAGCGGUGGUCCCCAAUCGGGUCGCCAGAUUAGCCCGAGUGACGGCACCCGCCGCCGCCAACUGCGCGGUCGCGACAGGCAGGCUGAGGAGGAGGAUGGCGAGGCUGGCAUGACCGAAGCUGGCAUGACCGAAGCUGGCAUGACCGAAGCUGGCAUGACCGAAGCUGGCAUGACCGAAGCUGGCAUGACCGAAGCUGGCAUGACCGAAGCUGGAGUGACCGAAGCUGGAGUGACCGAGGCUGGGAAAUCCAAAACAAGCCCCGAGCUGUACUAUAACGGAGGGGCUGUUAUCAUGGAUCCGGUUGUCUACCUCAUCUACUACGGCACGUGGCCUGAGAAUUCCGGAGCUGCUGUCAUUAAGAAUUUCGUGCAGUCACUGGGAGGAAACGCGAGCAGGCAGGGGGGGCCGAGGGGUGAGAGCAGCGUGAGCGACUGGUGGGCGAUCACCACGCAUUACUUCAUGACAGGGGCUGACCGCAAGCUGGCAUACGUCACUCCCAAGGUGGCUGCACCAUGCGUCCUCCUCGACACCCGCAAUCCCUUCCUAGAUCGUCCCGACUUCAUUGCCUUCCUCCCCUCCAUCCAUACUCGUCCUUCCGGGCAUCCAUCUUGUUUCCUCCCUCCGAACCACUUUGCAGUUGUGGAUCGCAAUGUGGGCAAGGCCAACCGGCUGCCGUCCGAUCCGAGCGGGAUCUACAUCGUGACCACUCGUGUCCCCUCAGUUGUGGAUCGCAAUGUGGGCAAGGCCAACCGGCUGCCGUCCGAUCCAAUUGUGGAUCGCAAUGUGGGCAAGGCCAACCGGCUGCCGUCCGAUCCGAGCGGGAUCUACAUCGUGACCAAUCUCGUCGAUCGCAACGUGGGCAAGGCCAACCGGCUGCCGUCCGAUCCGAGCGGGAUCUGCAUCGUGGUCACCAUUGUCGAUCGCAAUGUGGGCAAGGCCAACCGUCUGCCGUCCGAUCCAAACGGAAUCUACAUCGUGGUCACGAGUGCUGACGUGGACGUGUGGGAGUUCAGCCGCUGCAGCUACUGCGGGUGGCACGCACAGAUGAUGGACAUGCGGAGCGGGAGCCCUGUGGCAUACGCGUUCGUGGGCCACCACUCGCUGUGCUGCCAGUACAGCAACUCCUCCCCCAACGGGCUGCCAGCCAAUGACAGCCUGGUGAGCACCACCGCCCAUGAGACCACAGAGGCUGCUGCUGACCACUCCAGCCUCCUUAACCCUCGCAUUUCCCUGCCACCCCCUGCCCCUCAAAUCCCACCCCAUCUCACUGGCAGCUCCUCCCCCAACGGGCUACCAGCCAUAGACAGCAUGGUGAGCAGAGCACCAUCGCCCACGAGAUCACCAAGGCUGCUAACCUUGCCUGCCAAACCCUCUGCCACUCUCCCCCUCCCCCCACGCAGCUCCUCCCCCAACGGCCUGCCAGCCAUAGACAGCAUGGUGAGCACGAUCGCGCACGAGACCACAGAGGCCACCACCGACUCCUCCCCCAACGGGCUACCAGCCAUAGACAGCAUGCUCUGCCGCCCCAAGCUCUGCCGCCCCAAGCUCUGCCGCCCCAAGCUCCGCUGCUCCAAGCUCUGCCGCCCCAAGCUCUGCCGCACCGAGCUUUGCCGCCCCGAGCUCUGCCGCCCCAAGCUCUGCCGCCCCGAGCUCUGCUGCCCCUAG